AUGGCCGCCGAAGAUCUCUCAGAAGCCGGCAUGGUGGACAUCAUCCGCGCUCUGGAGGUCAUCCACAGUCCCACGUCCACAAACGCGCUGCGAAAAGAAGCCUUGUCCUUCGUUGAGGCCUUGAAGGAGAAUGAGGCUGCAGCUCGCAAUGGGUUCCUACUAGCUUCGCGCAAGGAUCAUGCCGCUGUCGUGCGAUACUUUGGUCUGACUCUACUCGAUCACGUCUUGCGCCAUCUCUCAUUCACCAAUCCCGAGGAAUCCACAACCCUUCGAUCGAUGAUCUUGCAACUGGCGGAAAACAUCCGUCCAGAGGAUCCGAGCUACUUCCGUAACAAGAUCCCACAACUAUGGUCAGAGGCAGCGAAGAAGAGCUGGGGCUUGGACUGGGUGGAUAUGGACGAAGCCCUUGUCAAAUUCUGGGGCGUCUCGUUGGUACACUAUGAAUUGGUGCUUUCAGUGCUGGAGACAUUGUCGGAAGAUGUCUUUUUCCGCGAGGAUACGGUCUCGUCAUUGCGCGGCACUGAGCUGAAUCGCGCACUUGUCGAGAUCUUUACGCCUGCUGCCAUUGUGGAACAGAUUCACGCCGAAAAGACUCCCAACUCAGUUCAGCGAUGUGGCCAAGAAGGGUGGUUGGUGCGAAUCUGCGGGUUUUUGGAUGACUGUGUGCAGAAUGUAUCUGCUUCUUCUGAAGCACGCGAUGGAGCCGUUAAAGCUCUCAUGACUUUAAGAUCAGCACUGUCGUGGUCAAUUUACAAGGCCGUCAUUGCGGGUCAAGUCGUGGCCAGUAUUUUCAGGGCACUGACUUGUCAGGAUGAGCAAGUCUUGUUGGCCGCAGUUGAGGCAUUACAUUCGCUGUAUGGUCGGAAUAACAUGGGAAAUGAGGAGUCUCACGGCCUGGUCUGUCUCAUUUUCGAAAACGAUUACCUGAGCACACUUCAGAACCUGUAUCAAUGGUCAGUAGUGGGCCCAGAAGAUAUCGACGAGCCCAAAUAUUUGAUUUCGAAGAAGCUGUCAGAGAUGAUCUCCUAUAUUGCUGGAUGUCUUGAAGAUGAGAGAUUCUUGCGCGACACAAUGCAUCGUCUUGAUCUUCCUCCUUUCCUCAACUUUAUGUUGACAAUCAUGCAACACCAAAGUCUGACCGUUUCCAUCCCUUGCCUUCAUCUCUGGUCGAGGCUCUUUAACGUGCAAAAGAUCGGAACCAUGCAAUUCGUUGUUGACCAAACCCACGUGUUCCUCGGCAUCUGCACACAACGUUUGAUACGGUGGGAAUCGCUCCCUGCCGAUUCUGAGGAUCCCACAAUUCAAUUCUUGGUGGAAGACAUUGACACAAUUCCGGAAAGACAUGCAUUCCUCGGCAACUACCGUCGAUAUUGCUCGGCGAUAAUCGAAAGCAUCACGCAGAAGCGAGCCCAGGAGGCCGUUCACGCGAUUCUUGCACGUGUUGAUGAGAAUCUUGACAAUCUCUACAACGGUGUCGAAUCAUUCCAAAUGCAAAACUACAGCAAAUCGUCGAUUCCGAUCAUGCGAGCAGACGCGCAGUUCGCUGUGGUAGAGGCAGUGAUGAAGGGCUUCAACAAAUGGGUCGAGGCCCAUGGAAAGGCGCCGCAGCAAGAUGAAAAGGAACGGAAAGAAUUGGAGUAUAUAGUAGAGAAUUGGGCGUGCAGGCUAAUGGAGCGGAACUUCCAAGAUCCGAUGAUCAAGCAGAAGGUCAUAAAAUUGGUUGUCGAUAUCUCCUCAAAAGCUUUGGAGAAUCAUCCAGCGUAUGCCCUGAAAGUCCUCGAGCACAUUCUCAUGACUCGUCUUCCCGACCAGCCACAGUACCCUGUCUACGCCGAGGCUGUCAAGGAGCUGCACGGGCUGGCUAGUCAUGAGCUGCGCCGGCUUGCGAUCCGUUACGCCGACUACUUCUCUACGUUCUACGAUCUGCUUGAGCCUAAAAUUCGAGAGAUUACGCAGGCCAAUCAUGUUGAUGACAAACUCCAAAUGGAGCUGACCUCGAUCCUCCUUAUCAUAAUUCAACGCGCCAGCAAUCUCGACCCAAAUUUGCGUCACAAUCGGCUGACAGGCUUUUUGACCCCUAUACGUGAAGCAUGGCAGGACCAAGAAUUCCGUCGCAUGAGCUCGACAUUUGAGGGCUUCUGUGUCAUGUUGGGACUUGAGAAUGUCGGAUCAUAUAUGCAGACCAAGCAGGCCCACAAAAUAGAGGACUGGUCUGCUGUUGCUCUGGAUAAUGAAGGGAAGGUGGUUCAAGAGGAAAUGACUCGGAAGUUCCAAAUGUUGCCCUUGCGUGGGACUAAGACCAUGCUUGCAGUGUCCACAGACAAGUUGCAAAGAACCUCACCAGCUUACCAGGUGGCAUGUGACAUCUGGCAAGACUUGAUUCCCCAGAUCCUCCCAACCAUGGUUCAAUUACUGACUCACGCGCACGCUUUCCACAACCCAGCAAACUGGGCUGUGAGCAAUGAGAUGCGUGCUGUGGUCGAGCGGAUCCUUACGGAUCGGUUCUGGCAAGCCGGUAUCUCCACUGGCAGUCGAGACGAAUUCUAUGCCAAAAUUACGGCGUCCAGAUCUACGCUCGAAGGCUUUGCGUCGUCUGUUCGUGGAAAGAUCCGCGCCGUUCGAGAAUCAUGUUACUCAAUGCUGUUCAGCAUGAGUAGGAUGCGCGAUCAUUUCUAUGGGUUUGCGGAACUGCCGGGCCCUUUGUCCGAGGCCCUCUUCAAGGACGCCGAGCACCUUUCUUCACACCAAUUUUCUGUGCUUCUCAAUAUUUCGCGCUGUCUGAUCGACGACUGUCCAGUCAGGUACCGCGCACAAUUCUUACCGCCAAUGCUCUCCACUCUGUUCCGUAGUCUCGACCGCAAGAUUACCACCGAGUGGGAAAUCAUUGAGCAGCGGAAGAAUGGAGGGAUUGAAGGCGACCUCACGGAUGAGAUGAAGUCGGAAAGCGUUCUUCGCCAGCUGACGUACGCGGCUGUGAUCAUGGUUGCCAGCCUGUUCGAUCCCCAGCGCGGAGACCCGGAUCGAGCGGAGUCAGACCCCAGCGCGCCGCAAUCACCUCCUGAAUUGUCAGACUCUAUCCGCCACUUUGUGCUCUCGUCGCCCGAGAUCUUUGAGCCUGUCAUGCUGUUUUGUACCCACGCUCUCCGAAUGCGCGACACUCGUUGCUGCAGCAUCAUCACCCGAGUGGUACGAUCCAUUCUGGCUGACUUUGCGCCUCCACACAACAGCCCUACGAUCGCCACCAUCCGCGAGUUCAUCUGCACCGAUGUUUUGCAGGCCUGCAUCUCCUCAGUCCACGAAUCCUACUUCGUGGACAUGCAGAAGGACCUAGCCCAGCUCAUUGCCUCGAUCUGGGUGCUCUACGGCGUCUGCAGCGAAACGCCUCGACUGGUAUUCCUCUCUCUACCGGGCAUUACCCCGGAGAAGGUCUCACAUACGGAGGUCUCCCUCCAGCGAUGCACAUCCCCACGCCAGCAAAGGGCUCUGGUCCUUGAGCUUUUAGAGCCUCUGCGUGGUGUCAGCAUUGCCGAGCAAGGGAAGAUCUUGGGCUCACGAGAGGAGCGGCGCAAAGCACGUACUGCGAUUCAAAAUCGUUAUUUGACCAAUGAGAUGGAAACUCAACAGGAAGUCCAGCGUGUCGAUAUCAACGACGGUCCCGAUCUCUCAGGGGUUGCUGACAUGUUUGGCUGA